AUGAGCCGCUCCAGAAACAAUCUCACAUUCGAAGAUGCAAUACAGUUUGUAAUGGAAGUAAAUGAUACAUUUAAAUAUAAGAGGGGAAAAUUUGCUGAAUUCUUAAAAAUUCUAAAUGAUUGCAAAGCCAGAAGAAUUGACCUUGAAGAUGUCAAAGAAAGAUUGAUGGAGCUGUUUAAAGAGCACAAAUAUUUACUUUUGGGAAUCAAUGCCUUCCUGCCACCAGGACAUGAAAUCUCACUUCCAUCAGAUGAUGAACAACAAAGUGAUGAUGAAGAAUAA